AUGCAGCAGGAGCUCGAGGCGGCGCACGAUGGGCUCUUCCUCGCCGCAGAGCAUGGCCGCGCCGACGUCCUCAAGGCGCUCCUCGACCACGGCAAGGACGUCUUGAAGCUCGACGCAAUUCGCAACGCCGAGGGCCUCACGCCGCUGCACGUCGCCGUCGUGCACCAAAAGACCGACGCGGUCCGCGCGCUUCUCUCGGCCGGCUUUGCCGCCGAUGCUGUGGUCAUACCUAGCAAGAAGCCGUCCAAGUACACGAACAAGACCGCGUACGACAUUGCGCUCGGGCUCCUGCCCCAUCGCGCCAUGGUCCAAGUCUUUAGCCAGUACAUUGUGCAGCACGUCGCGAUGAACGACGUGCUUAAGGUUGAGGAGCUCUUGCGGGCCGGCAUCGACGGCGCGACGGCCACGGACGGCCCGCCGCAUGAGAACACGCUACUGCAUUGGGCCGCCUCGAGCAACGCCGUCGACGUCCUUUCUCUGCUCUUGCGCCACUACGGACACAUGCCUGUCUUGAACCAGCAAAACGCAGACGGCGCGACGGCGCUCCACGAGGCGUGCCACAUCAACUCGGUCGAGUGCGUCCAGCUCCUCGUGGACUAUGGCGCUGACCUGAGCCUCGUCGGAACCCGGGGCUACGUCCAGGGCAAGGCCCCGGUCGAGGUCGCGUCCAAGAAGGAGAUCACACGCAUCAUUGCCAAAGGCAAAAUCACAAAGCGCCCCGACACCAACGUCGGGCGUAGUACGGAGAAGCAAGACGAAGAAGACCGCGACGUCGUCAUGGCUGCGCUCACUGCGAGUCCACGGGCCCGCGCUCCGCCGGCCUCUGUACCCACGACACCAGCCGCCUCCAACACGCCGUCCCUCGACAGCGGCAACGUGCGCCACCAGCUCGAGGAAAAGGACGCACUCAUUGCGCAGCUCAAAGAGUCAAUGGAAGCGCUCGUUACCGACGUGAACGACCGGAAUCUCCUCGGCGAGCACGAGGCCGUCCUCGACUACAUCCGCAAGCUGCGCGCCGAGAAGGCUGUCGUCGAGCGACAACUCUAUGACGCCGAAGAGCACAUCGUCGUGCAGGAGGAGCAGAUGAUGGGGCUCAAGGCGCAGAUCCGCACGGACAAGGACACGAUCGAGACCCUGCGGAAGCGCACGAAGCGCCAGCGUUUGGGCCCGGCAGCGCCACGCCAGCGCGUCGCCCCCCCCCCGACGAGCCACCGAGGUCCGAUCGUCCUGCGCGACCCGCCGCCGCAGCCCGCGAUCGCAGAUGUGUUCGACUAUGCCAGCGUCCGUGCCAAGGCGUUGGCCGAGCCAGAGAGCUUCUGGCACGCGCUGCUCCAGUUCCUCUGGCCGUUUGGCAACACGGCAGCGGACGAGCCGCGUCCGGGCGACGAAGUCGUCAUGACCGUCUAG